UAUUAAAAAUAGACUAUGAACAAGCUCGUAACUCCGUGUGCAAUUCUCGUUGGACAGCAGCCCACUUUAAAAGCUUGAUUAACGUUACGAUGCAGCUUGUUGUGGUGUUGUGCAUAUAAAGAAAUAUUAAAUCAAUUGUCAAUCAGGAUGGAGAUUUUGCGGGAUGAAGAAGAACAAGAGCUCAAAUAUAAACGCACGGGUCGUUUGGACAUGAGCCACGGUUUCUUACACCACAUUCGAAGGAACCAGAUUGCCAGAGAUGACUAUGAUAAGCAGGUGAAGCAGGCCAAUGAGCAUCAGAGGCCCAGGCACACCACUACUUCCCGACACCCCCGACGACCAGACAUCCAAGUGUACCAUCCUCGACGUGGAAAUGGAUCUCAGCCAGGAGUGGGUGCAGAGACUGAGGAGUGGAAUGAGAGUGGGUCCAGUACAGAGCCAGAGACCCAUGGAACUGAGCUCUUCUGGCUGGACUACCAGGCUGACUCUGGCCAUGUCACCUCCUACAUCGUACUCAAGGAGGAUAAGCCAGAGAGGGUGGUGGAGCGCGUAGCGGAGGAGAAUGUUCUGGACUCCACCAUGAGGAUGGCACUGCAGGCCCGGCUUCGAAAGGAAAUGGAUAAACGGCGGAACAAACGCUAAAGGAGGAGAAGGGAGUUGACAAACAGGGGUGAGGAGGACCAAGAAGCCUCUGUUUACCCUCUGGCCAACCCUCUCCCUGUAUGUAAAGCAUGCUAGUAGCAGAGGACUACUGUGGACCCUCAUCCUGAGGGACUGUAAGCCAGGAUCCGAGUGACUUCACACAGCCAAGCCGUCCCCUCUGUGGGGAAUAGAUUGAUUUACAGAAUGGUAGAUGGUAGAAAUGGAUCUGACCUCAUAGCUUCUCUAUUGGACUGGCAUUGGCUGUCAACCUGCUCCAAAGGACCAAGCUGAUACAACCUGGACCCCUCUCUGAGCUGCACCAGGCCUUAACUGUAACCCCCCCCCAAUUUGACCAUUAGGCUGGAGAGCAAAUCCUUUGGUCGUAGCUGUUCUGUUUUUUUGUGUUUGUUACGAAUGGGCCGUGGUCAUGACUUCGCUCUAUUCUAAUUUAUUUUUGAUUGGCCUAUAUUUUCUGAGACUUUAUUUUUGAUAAUGUACAUUUAUGGAGAGGUCCUUAUUGUUUCAGUACACAUACUGUAUAUUAAAUAUAGUUAUUUUCCAAAGGGGUUUAUUGGCUAUUUAGUCACAAAAGGUGGUUGGUUGUAUGCAGAUUAGUGUAUACAGUUUUGUUAAAGGUGGCCAAGAUCGUAUGUUAAUCGAUCUCCUUCUUUUACGCAAUUCCAGGUCCAUGUUUUAAUUUACGACCUGGGUGAUGCAUGGUGAUGGGAGUACGGUUAGUGUGGGGGUGAAGGUCAUUGUCAUGGUUAAAAUUCCAGAUGAUGCGCUUCAUGCAAUCUUAAAUGACAUGGCCAGAUUAGACUCUAGCGUAGGGCUCUCCAACCUUGUUCCUGGAGAGCUACCAACCUGUAGGUUUUCACUCCAACUGAUAAACGGAAUCAGGUAAAUAGCCCUUAUGCACAUUCCAUUACGUUCAAAGCACACUUCCUACCGGUGUGGCAAUUUCUGGUGGCGCAUACUUUAGAUGAAAGUCAGUCUAGUUUUUAUCGACGAUAUAACAUUACUACCACUAUGUCGCAGUUUUUUCCUAGGUGUCUUCAGGACUUGCCUCAAAUUAAUGUGAAUUAUUAAAUCAGCUAACGAGACUCCAGCUAGCAAGAACGAAAAUGAGUUCAAGAUGUAUAUAGGAAGCUACAUAGACAACUAUGAAGGUGAGUACCAAGUCAGUGACAGCUAUAACGUCAGCUAGCUACAAUCAUGCUAGCUAAUUUAACUAGUAACUGUAGCUAGCUAGUUACUUGGUAAAAUUUGUAACGCUGACAGAAUCUACCUGAGAAUGUGUAUUUUUGUUAGCUUGCUUAAAUUAUUCUUGCUAGCUAUAUUUGCUAGCUAAAAAUAAUUGUUAUUCAUGUCUUCUACACAGUAUCUAACAAAGAUGCAUUGACGGAAGAUCAUCAUGAGGGCUGCCUGUCACAGGUCCAUGAGGAAGAGUGAAAAACCGCACAGCAUGAGACUAGGGAAAGGUUAUAGCUAGCUACUAGCGACCUUGUUAAACAUCUCCUGUGGGACGCUGUCAUCAUGGUGUGUUGGAGACAGUGUCAACAUUUUACUCUUCUCAAUAGCUUUUAAAGAUGGGUCCCAAUCCCAAUUUUGAAUUGCUCACUUAACAGGUUAUUUGGUAAAGAUCUGUUGACGCAGUGUUUGGUAAUUGUGUUACUGAGACACAAUCUAUUCCUGUAUAGUUAAAUGAGCCCCUAGUUAAGAAGACUAGACACUACUAUGUUUAUUGUUAUUUAUGUUCCGCACCAUUCUUGUUUCUCACUUCAGUCUUUCAUCACACUUACCUUCACAGAUGGUGUUAAAGCACUCCGUACCAGUGAUAGUGGUCCAAAGCCACUGCUCCUGUGUUGCAGGAAGUGCUAUGUGCAAUCAUCUGGUGGCCCUUCUUUACCAGACAGCGCACUACUCUCAACUAAACAUUCCUGCUGCACCACCAGUUCACAGCUGCACAGACAUGUCAAGAACACUUGUGAGUCCAUAUCCAUAAAAAAAUGCACCUGAAAAGUA